AUGUCUACAGACAAAAUUGGUCUCCAGGCAUGCACAAUUGCCGUCUCAGAAACGCAGCAAAAGGACGGUAUAGUCGAUGAACUAGUUAUUGGUGCUCUUGGUAAUGGGCCCUCCGGUUCACGAAGGGACGCUGUCAGCACAAGACUCGACUAUCUAUGGGACAGUGGGGCGACCAUAACCUUUUCCUUCAGCGAUGGAACACCAAACCGGCAAGGGAAAGUCGAGAAAAUUCUCCUCGAAUGGACUCCCUACGCCAAUAUUACCUUUCAGCGCGAAGAGACGGGUACAAUCCGCAUCUCUUUCAAUCCGGCCCAAGGCUCUUGGAGCUAUGUCGGAAAGGCCAAUAACGAAAUUGAUAGUCCUAAGCCAACAAUGAACAUAGGAUGGCUCGACGACACUCCUGAAAUUACUGACAGCGAUCGCGGCCUCGUCUUGCAUUUAUUCGGUCACUGUCUUGGAUUAUUUCAUGAGCAUCAAAGCCCAGCUCAAGGCGGAAGCGUCAAACUGAAAGAAGAAGAGGUCUACGCGUUCAGCCAAGCCACGCAAGGUUGGAGCAAGGACACGACGAAAGCCAACAUCCUUGACGUCUAUAACAAUACAAGCCUUUCUAAUUAUAGCGAGGUCGACUCGACUUCAAUCAUGAAAUAUCCGAUUCCGUCGCAACUGGCCGCUGAAGGGGUCGAUGUGAAGAUGAACUACGAACUCUCACUUCAGGACAAGGCCUUUAUGAUCAUCAACUAUCCUCGUCCUAAGCCACAUGAAUCUGCUCUCGAAUGGACACUUGAAUAUGCUUUGAAAGUUUCCUCAGUCGACCAAGAAACCACGCAGAGCAUUUUAGACGCCCAUAAGACCGGUGAAAUCAUUGCCGUCCGGGCCUUGUUCAACGCAUUCCAACUCACUGCGCGAAUUAACAAGACAACGUCAAAGCCAGGCCCAGUUCCGAAUGGAGCUUCAAAUGGAACUCUACCAAGAAAAUCCAAUCAACACCCACCCGAUUCACCUCUCGAGCAGCCAACGGAUGAGUGGUGUUUGACCUUUGACGACCAAAUCGACGCUGGCGCAACGGGUGACGGCCUGCGAGAAAUCAGCGCAAGACAACGUCUCUGGCUUCCGCACCAGCAGAUAAAAUUUGGGUUUUUCGACAUCAGUGAACGAGGCUGUGAAGCCACAGAAUUCCGCAAGAUUCGCGUUCGCAAUGCGCUCAAGCUCUAUAUGGAGCACACUUCCCUCGUUUUCGUCGAAGUCGAAGGGGACGAGUUUCGUUCAUUGGACUUCUCCAAAGCUUCUGAUCGCGCCAAAUGCCCUCUUCGCAUUGCAUUCGGUAAUCUGGAGAAAGUCGAUGGGAAGGUGCGGUAUGGGUGGUCGCAGAAUGGGAAAAAAAUUACAACGUUCGAGUUUGCCGGUCCCGGUAAUGCCUAUGGGGCUCCCGGUCCCAAAUAUGCUACGUUAUGGCUGGGUGGACAGCCUUUGACGGAAUCCACCAAUCUCCCUGUGCCGGAGAGUGAUCGUGCAACUGCGAGCAUCUAUCAUGAGCUUGGCCACGUCCUUGGAUUGCUACAUGUGGCUGACCCCCCCUCUUCUCAACUUAAGAACUCGCAAAAUGUCGUUAGCUCGUUGCUGUCAUUCUUGGUGGACACGAAGAGCGUCAUGUUUUAUCCUUCCAAAGAUCCCACAAAGCUAGAGCUCAAUACUUCCCCCUCUCCGACUGAUCUUGACGUACUGCGCCUUUUAUACCCAGAUAAUGGUCGCAGCGACGGAAAGUUUGCUGCCGCUCUUAAUGCAUUCAGCUUUUACCCAGAAGAUCGCAACACUCUACUCGGUCUGGCUGACAGAGUUAUUGGUCAAGACAACAAAAUUGACGAGGAACUCAAUGUCAUUCUUUGGUCCAACAUCGCGACUGCAUUCAAUAAAAAUGAUCGUCGUGGUCAACUUUCGACGAGUCCACCGGUGGGGCAUAACCUUGCGGAUAAAACGGGCCCACUGAUAGAUCCCGCCUUUGAGCCGGCAAAUGCGUGGUGUGCAUCAUCAAUUUGUGAUGAUGCCGUUGCGAAAGGUUCUGCAAGCAGGCCGGAUGGCUUCAUCGAGGCCCAAGACCAGUUGUGGCAACCCUACGAACGCAUCACCUAUGGGUUCUUACCCUGGAAGGCCUCUCCCUCUAAACCAAAUCAGAGCGAGAGAGACUGUGCCCCCACUCCCUAUCGAAAACAAUUCGUCAAAGACGUCAUCUCACAGUAUAUGAAGCAUGCCUCUAUCGUCCUCGAAGAGGUCCCUGACGAUUUUAUGACCUUGGCUGACUUCUCGAAGGAACAGGAUCGUCAGCGGGUGGAUAUACGCAUUGCUUUUGGUCCCCCAGUGCGAAAAUCACCAGAAGCACUAGUCUGGGGCUGGUCAUAUACCGGCGCACAUGCUCGCAAGUUUGAUGGUUUUCCCAAACCCGGUGCUCCGGCAUACGCGACGACUUUCCUCGGGGGUUUGCCUCAGCACUCGGCCCACGAAGUCUCCGAGAAGCAUUUGACAGAGAUGACGCGUGCGGUUUAUCAUGAAGUCGGCCAUGUAUUUGGGCUUUCACACGAACACGACUCCUCGACCUCCUCAAUUGUUGGCGCGGGCAAUACCAUCAGCCGAAUUUUGGUUGCUACUAUGCUGGAUCCCGAUAGCAUUAUGCUGCACCGUAACAAACCGUAUCCAAAGCUCUCCCAACCUAAGUACAAUCAAAAACCCUCGAAUACGGACCUGGCUCUUCUUCGCCUCAUGUAUCCGGAUAACGGAGACGCUCGCGGCGCAUUUGCACGGGCGUUGCGGCAAAUGCAGUUUUCUCCUCCAGAUGCAGAGACACUUUUGACCAAGGUCGCACUUGCCGUCGCGACCCCCAGUGAAGUGAACACAACUGAGAUCAAGAGGAUCCGGAGCGGCAUCGCUCUUGAUAUCAAUCUUGCUCCCCGACUAGCUCAACCUCCUCCACCCCUAACUGGGCCACAUCGCGAUUCGGACUUACGCGGCCUUCGGAACGAUGAUGGCGAAACACAUCGACUCGACGCCGACGAGGCCAAGGACGAUGGAUCGUCAAAUGGCCAGGCGGCUGGAUUUUUGUAUGAAUUGGUGCAAACCUUGAAGCAGUUCUUCAACCCAGGGGGCAACCAACAGUUCGUUCUCCAGUUCCCGGGUCGGUUUCUUGAUCAAAACUCAUAUGCUUGGGAUACCUCGGAAGCUGGCAUCAAUGGGCAAUUUGUCAAGCCCAUCGUGGUCAACGAAUCUGAGUUUCGUCUUGUUGACCAGCUGUAUGACCUGCAGGAUACGGUCGGCGGGCCAAACGGGACUAAUUUAUCGAUCGUCUACGAACAGCUUUUGAACAACCUACUGCCCAAAUUUGUUCCGAAUGGUCUUGGGGCGCAGCAAGCUGAAAUUCGUGAUUGGCUCACAAAAGAGGUUCCGUCAUCGCAGUGGAUCAAGGAUAUUCAGGCCCGUCAUCGAGAACGCCUCAGAGAUGAGGCAAACGCACUCGCACUCAGUCUCGGGACUAAGACCGCUGAACAAAUUGCGGAGGAGAACAAGAACCGGAAGGAUGAACCCCCCGAUACGAAAAACACCAUCAAUCGGAUCGAACUCAGCCAGCUGCUUAUGAACGAGUAUCUAUACGCCAAACAGGACUGGCAAAUUGAACGCGACGCUCUUAUCAAACAAGCGAACGCGAGUGAUCUAGGGACGAAUGAAUCGAAAAAAGCCCUCAAUGAACUUACUCGCAAACUUGCUCAUAUCACGGCAUCGCGACAGUCGCUGCUGGCUGAGAAGUACAAUGACGCAGUUGUUCGUGGCCAUCUACACACCAUCAAGGAAUAUCUUGGUUACCUGGAUAUUGCAAGUCCCGCGGCAGCCCUCCAGAGCGCCAAGGAUUCUCUACGCGAGGCGUCAAUGUCGUCGUUGGAUGGCAGUAUGAAGGUGUAUCCAGUUCAACUCUCGCCUUUAGACUGGUUCGAAGGGUUGUCGACGUCGUUUACCAUGGAGGAUCUAACACAAGAUCCUGAAGUCAUUCGACAGCAGAUCAAGGCUAAAUCCCAACAACUCGACGUGCUCAAUUCUCAACUUGUCACCUUACAAAUGGGAUCGAAGGGCGAUCCCGCUGAACUGGAAAAACAAGUGGAGGACCUACGCACGGAACUAGACAGCGCUCAAACUGACCUUGCGAAAGCCUAUUCUUCGAAUGUUAUCGAAACAGCGAAAACUUUCCUCACUGUAGAGGGGAAUGUCGAUAAGGCCGGUUUCAAAACGGUCUUUGCCUGGGCAGACGCAACCAUCGACAAGCUGGAUGGCAUGUUAUCCAAAGUGCAAGACGCACAAGCGAGGCUCAAUGCUACCUCUCGUGCAUUUACCAUGGCGUUGGCUGCGCGGGCGCUCGCUAUAGCGACCGACACCAAGGAGCAACAGCGUCAGAUCUCACUUCAGAUUCAGUCGUUGACGGAGGACUUGAAAGAACUGCAAUUGCGAUGGCAGACAUUGACCGCCAAAACUGGCGGCACUAAGCCACCCGACCCGCCAAACACUGAUGAGGCGGAGCUUCCCAAGACGCCAGUCAUGCUUCCUGGGGAAGCGUCAUCUGGCGGCAGUCGUUGGCAAACGAUAGCAUUCACCAGCAGCUCAGAAUCCCGACAGAAGUGGUCCUCGUCAAAUUCAUCUGCAUCGUCCAAGUCGUGGUCGUGCAAUUUGUGGUUUGCCUCGGCAUCUAGCAGCUCAUCGUCCGAAAGCGCCAGCUCUGCUUCUGAGACCAAGGCUAGCAAAGACACAAUUGAACUUGCUUUCCGUGCUACCCUUGUCACCGUUGAUCGCGGUGGGUGGUUCCAGCCCCAGUUCUUCAAGCAGUCCAAUGCCUUCUACAAGGUCAACAAAGGGAUUUCUUGGGUCGACAACGCGAAAGAGAAAGUUACGGGUCUUAUGCCCGGUUUCCCUGUGGCGUACAUUUUGGCCAAAGACAUCGUCAUCCGUAUCACUCAUGAUAAGAGUGCUUCAAAGGACAGCAAGACGCAUGAUGCGAGUAACUCGGCCUCUUCUGGAGGCAUUUUGUGUUUCUCGUACUCACAGAGUAACUCGAGCACCAACGACUCCUCAUCGAGCAACUUCCAGGCAUACUCCAAUGGCUUUGUCGUCAAAAUACCUGGUCCACAGAUUCUUGGGUAUAUCAUGGAAAAGGUGGCUCCUGACGAGGGAGAGCUUAUGCCGUCCAAGCUGCCCGAGGAUUUCUUUAUUCCUGAUAAGCAAUUCGAGGAAAAGAAGUUGAACCAAGAACACAAGCUCAAAUCUUUGGCGGCGGGGUUGGAACAACCGAACGAGGAGCCAUUGCUAACACGCGAACAUCUGAAGGAGGUGUUGGACACGAUGAUGGAGGACAACAUCGAGGAAUUGUACGAGAAGUUAAGAAAGCCGGAGACGAAAGCAAGUACUUGA